AGACCCGCGCCUGAUUUUAGCGCCCAAGCCGUUAUCGAUGGAGGAAAAAUUGUCGAUGGAUUCACAUUGAGUCAAUUUAAGGAAUUGCACGCAUUCCAAGCCAAAUUGGCCGAUUUUAAAUCCAAAAAUGUGGAAUUGGUGGCCGUGUCUACCGAUACCGAAAUGUCGCAUUGGGGAUGGUUGCAAGUUCCCAAAGAUAAAGGGGGCAUUCAAGGGAUUACCUACCCCAUUGUAGCCGAUACCAAUAAAACCAUUUCUUACAAUUAUGAUGUAUUGUUGGGACAAUGGGAAUACGCCGAAAAU